AUGUUACACCUUGAGGAUAAUAAUCUUCAAGGAUACCUGCGACACACUGGUCGCGAUAUCGGCUCAUUAAGAGUGUUCCCGGCGAGAGCCGGGAACACCUGGUUCCUGUACCAAGGAAAUCACAUUUCAUUGGUAACCUACUACAGGUUAAGGUAAGUCUUUUCUUUUUUGCAAAACUUUUUUUUAAUCCAAAUUUUUACAGAUACAACAUACAUAUAAAUGGGAAUGAAAUAGUUGUUUAUGACCCUGCUGAUCAGGGGUGCUGGUAUCCCGCCAGUAUCGUAAUUUUGGAUGAUUAG